UGUAUCUUAGGACAGUGUGUGAGCCUCUCUCUGGUAUGUAACGGAGACCAGGACUGUGAGGAGGGCGGGACAGACGAGAGACACUGUGAUGCUGACAAUAGCCACUAUGUGUGUGACCUGGACAAGACUCCUCCCAACUCUGACCACACUGGCAAAGGGUAUGAUGUGCUGACAGGGAAGUUCAGGUCUGGUGUCAUUAACACACUAAGCUUCGGAGGGCAGUGCAGGAAGGUUUUCAGUGGAGACCACAAGACCUUCUACAGAUUGCCUCAGAGUAUCCUCAGGUACACCUUCCAGGUGGUGGUUGAGAAUGACUUCACCGAUGAGGCCUACGAGAGCUCCUGGUCCUACAUGAAGCACAUCCAGGACAAUGCCUUAUGGGGACAUGAUCGCCGCACUUUUCACACAGAGCUCAACAAAGACAAGUCUCACAGGCUGCUGAUCAUAAAGAAUCAGGUGGAGCUAGCCCAGUUCCAGAACACCGUGCCCCAGUACGUCACUCUGGCUGAGGGCUUCUGGAAGGCGCUGUCCUCCCUCCCAACCACGUACAGUUACCCAGCCUACCGCUCCCUCCUACAGACCUAUGGCACCCACUACUUGUCAGAGGGGGCCCUGGGGGGCCAGUACCAGGCCCUGCUGGAGUUUGACAACGAGGCCCUCAAAGAGACCAGCACAACAGAUACAGAGUACCAACGGUGUGUUACGAAGAAGAAGCGCCGCUUGUUCAGGAAAAAGGUCAAAACCACAUGUGAAAAACUGGUGGACUCUCUCAAGACCUCUAAAGAGUAUAACAACAACAAGCUGCCUAUUAAGACCAAUGUCAUCGGUGGAGACCCAUCCUUCAUAGCUGGCCUGAGUGUCCUGGACCUGGAGAACCCUGAGGCCAAUGGACAAAUGUAUGACAAGUGGGCCCGCUCUGUCAAGGACUUCCCUCAGGUCAUCAACAUGAAGCUGCGGCCUCUGUAUGAGCUGGUGAAGGAAGUGCAGUGUGCCGGGCUGAGGAAGCUCCAUCUGAAGAGAGCUACAGAAGAGUACCUGGCAGAGGAGCAUCCCUGCCACUGCCGGCCCUGCCACAACAACGGGCAGCCCCUGCUGACUGGCACAGAGUGUAAAUGUGUCUGCAGGCCUGGUACCUCGGGCCCUGCCUGUGAAAGUGGCACUGUUAUAGGGGAGCAGCCAGGGGUGAUCCAUGGGAGCUGGAGCUGCUGGUCGUCAUGGGGAUCUUGUUCUCAAAGUAAAAUGUCAAGGUCUAGGACCUGCACUAACCCUGCCCCCAGGCGAGGGGGCCUCCAUUGUGUGGGGCUGCCCACAGAACAUACUUCCUGUGAAGAGUCAGACCUACAACAUUUAAAGAUGAUGGAGCCUCAGUGUUUUGGUCUCUCUAUAAGUACACCAAAGGCAUGUAGAGCCCCGCCAGCCUUGAGGAAUGGCUUUGUCCUGAGCCCCAGAGAUGUAUACCUUGUAGGCAGUAAGAUUGAGUACUCCUGCAUAGAGGGCCACUACAUCACUGGAGAAACUGUGGCUGAGUGCACUGACAACAACAGCUGGACCAGAGGACCAUUGGAGUGCAAGAGUGCAACAUGUGAUGUUCCGUCCCUUGAGAAUGAUGUCACAGGCACUCCUUGGAAAGUGAUCUAUCAAAUUGGGGACAGUGUGUAUCUGUCCUGUCCUGUUGGGAUGAUGAGAGAGGGCAUGGCAGAGAUCGUCUGCAGCUCCAGUCUGCAGUGGUCUCCAUCCCCAGACAGCAUAAGGUGCAGAGAAGUGCCAAAGGGCCCCACCCCUCCACUUGGCUUGAACUGCAAACUAUGGGAAACACCAGGAAAGAGUCAGUGUGUGUGUAAGCUUCCAUACCAAUGCCAGCCUUCCCUGCAGUUAUGUGCCACCCUCCACACAGGCAGAACAAGUAAAUUGGGUAUGUGUCAACUUGGAGCUCUGCAGUGUCUGGGGCGGAGCUUCAAGCUGGUAAAGGACAGUGAUUGUGAUUGGUCGGAUCAGGGGCUCACUUCCUGCCAGGAGGAGUGCUUUGACACCUCUGUCCAGCUCUGUGUCAAACUACCAGACAGUGCUGUUGCUGUGACAAUGUCAGAAUGUGAGGUGGGGGCUCGGAGGUGCCAGGGGGAGCAGUUUGAUGUGGUCAGCAUCAAGGCCUGUUCUGCACUUUAAAACAUGAUUCUUAACCCAUAAUUGUAAUGUUGUUUUUUUUACUUAUAAGAGAGUAGUCCCUUAUAUUCUAAUAAAGUGUGCAUCAAGGUAGAGCUAUCCAU